CCACUUUCCCCCUGUAGUGUGCCUUGGGUGUCUUCCUCCACCAUUCCCUUUGUCUCUCCAAUAUUGGGGUUCUCCAAUAGAGCAAAUGAUGGAAGUGGGCUCUGGAAUUUCAUGGCCGGGAUUCACAUUCCAACUCUGCUACUGUCUAGACAUGGGACCCUGGGUGAAUGCCUUACCUCUCUGAGCAUUGGGUGUUUUUGUUGUUUUUUUUUUCCCAUCUGUAAAAUGAAAGUGUUAAUCUAGUACCUCCUUCACAGUCAUGUUCUUAAGAUGGCGAGUCAAUAAGUGGAAAGCAUUCAGCAUGGUGCCUGGCUCAUAGUAAGCACUCAGUCAAAGUCGGCCUUCAUGAUUAUUUUAUUUGUAUAUAUUUUUAGUGUGAUCACUGCCUCACCUAAGGUUUAAAAAGGGGGUUCCACAGCUCUUUUUCAAAAAUAAAAACUGGCCAGAAACAGUGUCUCAUGCCUGUAAUCACAGCAAUUUGGGAGGCCAAGACAGGAUGAUCACUUGAGGCCAGGAAUUUGAGACCAGCCUAGGCAACAUAGCAAGACCUCAUCUCUACAAAAAAAUUAAUUUAAAAAAAAUGCAAACUGUGGGGAAGUGUGGAGAUCCUGGGAUUUGCAGGUUAGUUAGGGUAUGGAUUCAAAUGCUGUAACAAGAUUAUCAAUGCUUGACCAAAUAGCAGGUAUUUCUUUUUUUUGUUUUUUGUUUUUUUGAGACAGAGUCUUGUUCUGUCACCCAGGGUGGAGUGCAGUGGUGCGAUCUCAGCUCACUGAAACCUCAGCCAACUGAGUAGUUGAGAUUACAGGCGUGUGCCACCACACCCAGCUAAUUUUUUUGUAUUUUUAGUAGAGAUGGAGUUUUGCCAUGCUGGCCAGGCUGGUCUCAAACUCCUGACCUCAAGUGAUCUGCCCACCUCAGCCGCCCAAAGCACUAGAAUUACAGGCGUGAGUGAGCCACCACGCCCAGCAGGUAUUUAUCUCGUGUACAAUACUAAGCGUGUGAAAUCUAGCACUUUUUUUUUUUUUUUUUUUUUUUGAGACAGGGUCUCGCUCUGUCACCCAGGCUGGAGUGCAGUGGCAGUCUUGGCUCACUGCAAGCUCCACCUCCUGGGUUCACGCCAUUCUCCUGCCUCAGCCUCCCGAGUAGCUGGGACUACAGGCGCCCGCCACUACGCCCAGCUAAUUUUUUUGUAUUUUUAGUAGAGACGGGGUUUCACCGUGUUAGGAUGGUCUCCAUCUCCUGACCUCUUGCUUCGCCUGCCUCAGCCUCUCAAAGUGCUGGGAUUACAGGCGUGAGCCACCGUGCCGGGCCACAGCACUCUCUCUUACUGGUACCUAGCACAUGCUGCCUUGUCCCUAAUCGGCAGCAAUUUUAUGUGAUUGCUUUGUGCAUCUCUAAGGAACCUCUGUCAAAGAAACAAUUGUUGAUUUUUUUUUUUUUUUUUAAAGGCUAAGCUUGGGCCAGGUGAGAUGGCUCACGCCUCCCAGAACUUUGGGAGACUGAGGCAGGCAGAUGACUUGAGAUCAGGAGUUCCAGACCAGCCUGGCCAUCACGGCGAGACUCCAUCUCUACUAAAAAUACAAAAAAAAUUAGCUAGGCAUGGUGGCGUGUACCUGUAAUCCCAGCUACUUGGGAGGCUGAGGUAGGAGAAUCGCUUUAACCUGGGAAGGCGGAGGUUGCAGUGAGCCGAAAUCGCGCCACUGCACUCCAGCCAGGGCGACAGAGUGAGACCCUGUCUCAAAAAAAAAAAAAAAAAAGACUAAGCUUGGCCAGGCACGGUGGCUCAUGCCUGUAAUCCCAACACUUUGGGAAGCUGAUGCAGGAGGGUCACUUGAGCCUUGGAGUUCGAGGCUGCAGUAAGCCACGGUCAGUGCACUCCAGCCUGGGCGACAGAGCAAGACCCCGUCUAAAAAAAUAAAUAAAUAAAUAAAAUAGUAAAAAAGCUAAGCUUAUACCACAGAGUCUUCAAGGUCCCAGGCCCUAUCUAUCUCAUGCUCCGCCAUAUACAGCACUGGCCCUCGGGUCAGGAUGGUGUCAUCACUCCACUGUCCAGCCAGAGGGAAGGAGAGGCAUCCAUAUUCCUUGUCCAUUUAGCUAUAAGAGAAGCUGGAAAAUGGCCGUGAGUCGGUCUCGUGUCCAGUUAGAACUAACUCAUCAGGGUGCGCAUCUCCAGUCUUCUCUUCCGGCAAGGAGAAAGCAUUCGUAUCACUUCCUGCUUCUCAAGCCCUACUGUUUCAGUGAUCCUCAUUGGAGAGGAAUCAGCAGUCGAAAGAACAGCGGGCCAAGCGCAGUUGUGACGUGGCGUUUAGAGAGCGGAAGUUGUCAGAUUUCACCGGGCCGUAAAGCGCGCUGGCUGUGUCAUCUUCCGGUUAGCGACAACGGCUCUGACCGUCCGGCAGGCCGCGUGGCGCCCGCCGGCCUUCCUGCAGGGGACUCUACCGGAGCCUUGCCAAUUCCGUUUGUUUUCCUGUUGUCGCCCGCUUCACCCUGGAUCAUGUUCAAGAAGUUUGAUGAAAAGGAAAGUGUGUCCAACUGCAUCCAGUUGAAAACGUCAGUUAUUAAGGGCAUUAAGAGCCAACUGGUAGAGCAAUUUCCAGAUAAGAAAACAAGCUCAGAGAGGGCACUGCCUUCCCCAAGGCCACCCAGCUACAAGUAACAAAGCCUGUGCUUCUAACACCAAAGACCACUUCCUGCUGACACUGUGCCAGGCUUGUAAGUCUCUCUUGGCCUCCAUUCCCUCCUGUAGGAAAUUGGAGGGGUUGGGGUGGCUCCAGUGAGCUCUCCCCUUCUGAAACUCAUACUAAUCUGGGGCAGCCAAGGCUUAGCCCCCCAGCCUGUGAACCUCUCACAGUGC